AUGGGUGAUGCAGAGAUGUCAGUGUUUGGGGCGGCUGCCUCGUACCUGAGGAAGUCGGAUAAGGAGAGGAUGGAGGCAUCUACUCGUCCUUUUGACAUCAAGAAGGAGUGCUUUAUCCCUGACAAUGUGGAGGAGUUUGUCAAGGCCUCUAUCAUCAGUAGAGAUGGAGACAAAGUCACUGUGGAAACACAGCAUGGCAAGACUAUUACUGUGAAAGAUACCCAGGUUCUGCAACAGAAUCCUCCAAAGUUUGACAAGAUUGAGGACAUGGCUAUGCUGACCUUCCUCCAUGAGCCUGCUGUGCUGUUUAAUCUUAAAGAGCGUUACGCCGCAUGGAUGAUCUAUACCUACUCUGGGCUGUUCUGUGUGACUGUCAACCCCUACAAAUGGCUGCCAGUCUACAAUCAAGAGGUGGUUGUUGCCUACAGAGGAAAGAAGAGGAGUGAAGCUCCUCCUCAUAUCUUCUCCAUCUCUGACAAUGCCUAUCAGUACAUGCUGGCAGAUCGUGAAAAUCAGUCAAUUCUGAUUACUGGAGAAUCUGGUGCAGGAAAGACUGUCAACACUAAAAGAGUCAUUCAGUAUUUUGCCAGUAUUGCAGCUGGAGGAAUUAAGAAGGAUCCCAAUGCAAAAGACAAGGGGACACUGGAGGAUCAAAUCAUCCAGGCUAACCCUGCUUUGGAGGCCUUUGGAAAUGCUAAGACCAUCAGAAAUGACAACUCCUCCAGAUUUGGCAAAUUCAUCAGGAUUCAUUUUGAUGCCAGAGGAAAAUUAGCUUCAGCUGAUAUUGAAACAUAUCUUCUGGAGAAAUCUCGUGUGACCUUUCAGCUUAAGGCUGAGCGAGACUACCACAUUUUCUAUCAGAUCUUGUCAAAUAAAAAGCCGGAGAUCUUAGAGAUGCUGUUAAUCACAAACAACCCAUAUGACUAUGCCUUCAUCUCUCAGGGGGAAACCCAAGUGGCCUCCAUAGAUGAUGCAGAUGAGCUGAUGGCCACAGAUAGUGCCUUUGAUGUGCUGGGCUUUACACAAGAAGAAAAGAACUCUGUGUAUAAGUUGAUAGGAGCCAUCAUGCACCAUGGAAACAUGAAAUUCAAACAGAAGCAACGAGAGGAGCAGGCAGAGGCUGAUGGAACUGAAGAUGCAGAUAAAGCAGCCUAUUUGAUGGGCCUGAACUCAGCUGACCUCAUAAAAGGUCUGCUGCAUCCGAGAGUGAAAGUAGGAAAUGAGUGGGUCACAAAGGGACAAACUGUUGCCCAGGUGAACUAUGCUGUUGGUGCCUUAUCCAAAGCAGUAUAUGAGAGGAUGUUUUUGUGGAUGGUCAUAAGAAUCAACCAGUCACUAGAAACCAAACAACCUCGUCAGUACUUCAUAGGUGUACUGGACAUUGCUGGUUUUGAAAUUUUUGAUUUCAACACCUUUGAGCAGCUGUGCAUCAACUUCACAAAUGAAAAACUGCAACAGUUUUUCAACCAUCACAUGUUUGUACUGGAGCAAGAAGAGUACAAGAAAGAAGGGAUUGAAUGGACCUUCAUAGACUUUGGCAUGGAUUUACAGGCCUGUAUUGACCUCAUUGAAAAGCCCAUGGGUAUCAUGUCCAUCCUUGAAGAGGAGUGCAUGUUUCCAAAAGCCAGUGAUGCCACAUUUAAAGCAAAGCUUUAUGACAAUCAUCUGGGAAAAUCUGCCAAUUUCCAGAAGCCAAGAAUUGUCAAAGGAAAACCAGAGGCUCAUUUUGCACUGGUUCAUUAUGCCGGGACAGUGGAUUAUAAUAUCAACAACUGGCUGGUGAAGAACAAGGACCCUCUAAAUGAGACGGUAGUGGGACUUUACCAAAAGUCCACUCUUAAAUUGCUGGCAACUCUCUUUGCACAUUAUGCUGGAACAGACUCAGAAGGAACAGAAGGAAAAAAAGAGAAAAAGAAGAAAGGUUCCUCAUUUCAAACUGUAUCAGCUCUUCAUCGGGAGAACCUGAACAAGCUGAUGACCAACCUGAGGUCCACUCACCCUCACUUUGUGCGCUGCAUCAUCCCCAAUGAGACCAAGACUCCUGGAGCCAUGGAGAACCCUCUGGUGAUGCACCAAUUGCGCUGUAAUGGUGUGCUGGAAGGCAUCAGGAUCUGCAGGAAAGGAUUCCCCAACAGGAUCCUCUAUGGAGACUUUAAGCAGAGGUAUCGUAUUUUGAAUCCUGCUGCAAUCCCAGAGGGUCAGUUCAUUGAUAGCAGAAAAGGAGCAGAAAAGCUUCUUGGAUCUCUGGACAUUGAUCACAGCCAGUACAAAUUUGGCCACACAAAGGUGUUUUUUAAGGCUGGACUGCUGGGUUUGCUAGAAGAAAUGAGAGAUGAGCGACUGUCCAAAAUUAUCACUGCCAUCCAAGCUAGAUCUCGAGGACUUCUGUCACGACUUGAGUAUCAGAAAAUGGUGGAACGCAGAGAUGCACUGUUGGUGAUCCAGUGGAAUAUUCGUGCCUUCAUGGGAGUCAAGAAUUGGCCCUGGAUGAAGCUCUACUUCAAGAUCAAACCUCUGCUGAGAUCAGCUGAAGCUGAAAAGGAAAUGGCAAACAUGAAAGAAGAAUUCAUGAAGCUCAAAGAGGCGUAUGCAAAGUCAGAAGCCCGCAGAAAAGAACUAGAGGAGAAAAUGGUUUCACUUCUCCAAGAGAAGAAUGAUCUGCAACUCCAAGUUCAAGCGGAGCAAGACAAUCUAUGUGAUGCUGAGGAAAGGUGUGAAGGCCUGAUUAAAAACAAAAUCCAACUUGAGGCUAAAGCCAAGGAACUUACUGAGAGGUUGGAAGAUGAAGAAGAGAUGAAUGCAGAUCUCACUGCAAAGAAAAGGAAGCUGGAGGACGAGUGCUCUGAACUGAAGAAAGACAUUGAUGAUCUAGAGCUAACACUAGCUAAAGUGGAGAAGGAGAAACAUGCCACUGAGAAUAAGGUUAAAAACCUGGUUGAGGAAAUGGCUGCGCUGGAUGAAAUCAUAGCCAAACUGACCAAAGAGAAGAAAGCCUUACAAGAAGCUCACCAGCAAACACUGGAUGACCUACAGAGUGAGGAAGACAAGGUCAACACUCUGACAAAACUCAAAGCUAAGCUGGAGCAACAAGUGGAUGAUCUUGAAGGAUCCCUUGAACAAGAAAAGAAGGCUCGAAUGGACUUAGAGAGAGCAAAGAGAAAGUUGGAGGGAGACUUAAAGCUGACUCAAGAAUGUGUAAUGGAUCUUGAAAACGACAAACAACAAUUGGAAGAGCGUCUAAAGAAAAAAGACUUUGAAAUUAGUCAGCUGAAUGGAAAAAUUGAGGAUGAGCAGGCUAUAAUCCUUCAACUCCAGAAGAAGCUUAAAGAGCUACAGGCGCGUGUGGAGGAACUGGAAGAAGAGCUGGAAGCAGAGAGAGCUGCUCGAGCCAAAGUGGAGAAGCAGAGAGCAGAUUUAGCCAGAGAACUGGAGGAGAUCAGUGAGAGGCUGGAGGAGGCUGGUGGGGCAACAUCUGCCCAGAUUGAGAUGAACAAGAAGAGGGAGGCUGAGUUACAGAAACUGCGGAGGGACCUGGAAGAGGCCACUCUGCAGCAUGAGGCCACCGCUGCCACUCUCAGAAAGAAACAAGCCGACAGUGUGGCUGACCUGGGAGAGCAGAUCGAUAACCUCCAGAGAGUCAAGCAGAAACUGGAGAAAGAGAAGAGUGAGCUGCGACUGGAGCUGGAUGAUGUGGUUUCCAAUAUGGAGCAGAUUGUCAAGGUCAAGAUCAACUUGGAGAAGACAUGCAGAUCUUUGGAGGACCAAAUGAAUGAAUACAGAAAUAAGUGUGACGAGUAUCAAAGGUCCCUGACUGACUUCACCACCCAGAGAGCAAAGCUUCAAGCUGAGAAUGGUGAAUUUUCCAGACAGCUUGAAGAGAAAGAAUCACUAAUUUCUCAACUAACCAGAGGAAAGAACUCCUAUAACCAGCAGCUUGAAGAUCUGAAACGACAGUUGGAAGAGGAAGUAAAGGCAAAGAAUGCAUUAGCUCAUGCCGUGCAGUCUGCUCGCCAUGACUGUGACCUGCUCAGAGAGCAGUAUGAAGAGGAGCAGGAGGCCAAGGGUGAGCUGCAGCGAAGUAUGUCUAAAGCAAACUCUGAAGUGGCACAGUGGAGAACAAAGUAUGAAACUGAUGCCAUCCAGAGGACUGAGGAACUGGAGGAGGCAAAAAAGAAGUUGGCUCAGCGUCUGCAGGAAGCUGAGGAGGCAGUGGAAGCAGUUAAUGCCAAGUGUUCCUCUCUGGAGAAGACCAAACACAGACUCCAGAAUGAGAUUGAAGAUCUCAUGGUGGACGUGGAGAGGUCUAAUGCUGCUGCAGCUGCUCUGGACAAGAAACAAAGAAACUUUGAUAAAAUCUUGGCUGAGUGGAAGCAAAAGUAUGAAGAGUCACAAGCAGAGCUGGAGAGCUCCCAAAAAGAGGCACGGGCCUUGAGCACUGAGCUUUUCAAACUGAAGAACUCUUAUGAAGAAUCUUUGGAUCAUCUAGAAACACUGAAAAGAGAAAAUAAGAAUCUACAAGAAGAGAUUUCUGACCUGACCGAACAAGUUGGUGAAGGAGGGAAAACUAUUCAUGAGUUAGAAAAAUUUCGUAAGCAGCUAGAACAAGAGAAGAGUGAAAUACAGUCAGCUCUGGAGGAAGCUGAGGCCUCAUUAGAGCAUGAGGAAGGAAAGAUUCUUCGAGCCCAGCUUGAGUUCAGCCAAAUCAAGGCAGACAUGGAGCGGAAACUGGCAGAGAAGGAUGAGGAGACGGAGCAAACCAAGAGAAACCUGCAGAGGAUGAUUGAUACUCUUCAGAGCUCUCUGGAGGCUGAGACUCGCAGCAGAAAUGAAGCUCUCCGUCUGAAGAAAAAGAUGGAGGGAGACCUCAAUGAGAUGGAGAUCCAGCUCAGCCAAGCCAACAGGCAGGCAGCUGAGGCUCAGAAACAACUCAAAACUAUCCACGCUCAUCUCAAGGAUGCACAACUGCAGCUGGAUGACUCUCUUCGUGCCAAUGAUGAUAUGAAGGAAAACAUUGCUAUGGUUGAGAGACGCAAUAAUUUGCUUCAAGCUGAGGUUGAAGAAUUAAGAGCGGCUCUGGAGCAAACUGAGAGAAGCCGAAAACUUGCUGAACAAGAGUUGCUGGAUGUAUCUGAGAGAGUGCAGUUACUGCACUCACAGAACACCAGUCUGAUUAACCAAAAGAAGAAGCUGGAGGCUGAUACAUCCCAGCUUCAGACUGAAGUGGAAGAGGCCGUGCAAGAAUGCAGAAACGCAGAGGAGAAGGCCAAAAAAGCUAUCACUGAUGCAGCCAUGAUGGCAGAGGAGCUGAAGAAAGAGCAGGACACCAGUGCUCACCUGGAGCGCAUGAAGAAGAACAUGGAGCAGACCAUCAAAGACCUGCAACACCGUCUGGAUGAGGCUGAACAGAUCGCAAUGAAGGGAGGCAAGAAGCAGAUACAGAAGCUAGAGGCUAGGGUGAAAGAGCUGGAGAAUGAGGUGGAAAUGGAGCAAAAGAAGAGUAGUGAUGCGGUGAAAGGCAUCCGCAAAUAUGAACGCCGUAUUAAGGAACUUACCUAUCAGACUGAAGAAGAUCGAAAGAACAAUGCACGUCUACAAGACCUGGUGGACAAACUGCAGUUGAAAGUUAAAGCCUACAAGAGAGCUUCUGAGGAAGCUGAGGAACAAGCUAAUGUUCAUCUUGGUAAGUUCCGCAAACUGCAGCAUGAACUGGAUGAAGCAGAAGAGCGAGCUGACAUAGCAGAAUCACAAGUGAACAAGCUACGUGCUAAGAGCCGCGACGUGGGAUCCAAGAAAGGGUUUGAUGAGGAAUGAAGCUUGUAUCAUCAAUACAAUAAUCCUCUGUCUGCUGUGUUUAUUAGACUCCCUCAAUUAUCCCCAUUCACAAAAAUGUAGCAAUUAAUAAAGAUUCUUCAGCACCUCA